CAAUGUUUGUACAAAGUGGAACUUAUAGCCCUUAUCAAUGUAUGAAAAUCUACCUACUUUCAACACACCUGCACAAGGACAACACUAAACCUUGAUGAACGAAAAAGUAGAAAAAAUAAAAAGUAGAUGAGAAAAGGGCGGAAUUUCUAGCGCCCAAAACAAUAUACCAAAAUAAAUUCCUUCAUAUCCUGAACUGAAAUAAUGUAAAUUCGUGCGCUUGAACUUACAAGUAGUUAAUUUUCGAUUCAGUUUAUCGGAAGAAGUCCUUCAAAGUGGUUUUGAAAUUAAUUUUCGUUUGAAUUAUUGUUCAGACUAUAUUUUUCCCGUAUAUAAAGGUGUUUUUUUUCUUCUGCAUAUUAUCCUUUUUUUUUAAUUGAAGUGCAGGUAAUGGAACAAGUGUUAAACGUUGUUUGUGUAGAAUUUUAAAUUUAUAUACCUAUACCAUUUCACGGAAAUAGCAAUCUUUAAUAAUUUAAAAUAAAUUAAAAAAAAAAAAAAUAAAUGGAAUAAAAUUUAUACCUACCUAACAGCUGUGUGAUUUAUUUAUUUUUGGAUUCUAUACCUAUUUUAACUUGAAGUGAGUGCGUUGCGAAUUUUAUUUUCGUAGUCGAGUUACAGUGUUUUCUAUAAAUAUGAAUCUCAAAUUCAGAUAUUGAUAAUAUUUAUAAAUAAAAUUAUCCUUUGCCUUAAUCUGUGUACCUAUCUACCGCUAAACAAACCUUAAAUCAUAAAUAUUUUGCGUUCCAGUUGAACACAGUAUUUUCUGAAGAUUUCGACCUCGAUUGGUAAAUUCUCUAAUUUGCCAAGAGUUUAAUUAACAUGGAAAAACAUUAAACACCCAAAAGCUCCGACAAUAUGAAAACAAUAAAACAGAAUGUAUAAGACUCAAAUCUUCGUACAUCUGAGAAAUUCUUGUCAAUUUGAAUUGCCUUAAAAUUUACGUGAGAAACUUACAAAAAUUAGUAAAACAUAUUGCGACACAUAAAAAGAUGCCAACAGACACUGCGUACGUGCUGGCCAUGAUUAACAAAUUUGCGUGUUAUUAUUUAGCGGAUAUGCCAUUGAUAAGAUUCGUUUCAGUUUUAUCCCAAACAAGGCAUUAAAUUGCGUUGAACAAACAAUCUAAAUAUAUGCAAGUUAAUGUAACAUGGAUGAAGAUGAAUUCUAUGCAAUAAUAAACAACAGAACUAAAGGAUUCAAUGAAACUGCCGCAAUUAAUAAUAAAUUUAGUUACUUUACACUUCAGCCGUGGGACGAGGACGAGCAUUCAACUGUCAACAAAUACAGCCAUUUGCUGGUGUCAUAUAAGAUAAACUAUAACAAGAGUCCUGAAAAUAAAAAGAAUACAGAUAAUUAUUGGGCUUUGUUUGCUUUGGUUUUGGUUGUGGGGACGGCAGCAGGCAAUAUAUUAGUUUGUUUGGCAAUUGCGUGGGAAAGACGUUUGCAAAAUGUAACAAAUUACUUCUUAAUGUCCUUGGCAAUAACUGACUUAAUGGUUGCUAUUCUUGUAAUGCCACUCGGGAUUUUGACGUUAUUCAAAGGCCACUUUCCUCUAAGCUCAGAACACUGUUUAAUAUGGAUUUGUAUGGAUGUUUUGUUCUGUACGGCAAGUAUUAUGCAUCUUUGUACUAUUUCAGUUGACCGAUAUCUCUCACUUAAAUAUCCAAUGAGAUUUGGAAGGAACAAGACAAGACGUCGAGUUACUCUGAAAAUUGUUUUUGUUUGGCUUUUAUCAAUAGCAAUGAGUCUACCACUCAGUUUAAUGUAUUCUAAGGAUCAUGCAUCAGUUUUGGUAAACGGAACAUGUCAAAUUCCAGAUCCAGUAUACAAAUUAGUUGGUUCCAUUGUAUGCUUCUACAUACCACUCGGAGUGAUGUUACUUACUUACUGUCUAACGGUUAAGCUACUGGCAAAACAAAGACAAAAUCUAGGUGGAGCGAAUCAAAUGCCCACACCUGGAUGGGCAAGUAGUUGGUUAGUGCAGACAUCAGCCUUAGAAAGGAAGUGUACUUGGAAGCGAUUUUUGAAAUCUAGUCAACAGUCAGGCUCUCCAAAUCCUCAUUCAGCAAAUUCUACAGAUACAGAAUUGUCCACUCUAGACACGCAUGAGCUGUGGUUGGCAGACUCAUGCAUACCGGAAUCCACACCAACAACAAUGACUGCAUUGCAUCAAUUUGGGGAGCAGAUGUUGAAAUUAUCAAGAGGAUUGGAAUCUGUGACAUUGUCAAAAACAGAACUUUCUAAUCAAUUAUUGUUCGAUAUUAAAAAACCACAGCAGUGUGAUAUGAGUUGCGAGGAAUAUAAACAAAAGAGAUCCCUUUCACCACUUAAACCGACUGAUUGUUUUCUAACUUGCGACAAACCAAGACGAGCAUCAAUAUCUAACAAUACUUGCGAUUACAGUACAAAACCUGACACUCCUCCACCACGAAGACGCAGUCGUUUCAAUAGUCUACCAAAAAAUGCUCUUUUAUACUUAUCCACCCAAACGAAAGAAGAAUUUAAUGAACCAAAUGAAACUACUCAAGAACAAGAACGAGAAAAAUCAAAUAAACGUCAAUGUUUUAACAAAAGGGCACAUCAAAUAGAUGAAAGUGAUUAUCACCACCUUAAAUUGCCUCCACCGUGCACUUGCCCAUACUUUGGCGAUCAACCAUUACAACAAAACAACAUUAAGCCAGUUGAGCUGAAAAUCAUUUCAUCCACUUUUCCUGUAGUAGUGCCUUCCCCUAGUAGUAAAAUCAAUUUAAUGGUUCAUACAGAACUCAAUGAGAAAACUUCACCAAUGAAAACCACAUCGUCAAGUUAUUUAUCUUUGCCACCAGCAGACACAACUGCUCUCCAAUCAUCCAAGUUAGGGAUGACAAAAAAAACUACAGUUGUCACUUGGAACUCCAUGAGGAACCUAAGACGAGGCUCCAGUUUCGGCAGUGCGAGUGCACGAACUUCAUUGUUACUGACACCUACAAAGUACCCUACUGCCUCAUCUCCUCUUCGUCGAUCUGCUACUCUCCGGAACCACAAUAAACCUAAUUAUAAUAUAUCAAUCGAAAGUAGUUGUAUUCGUGGUGGAAAUAAUAGGCGAAGUAUUCGAUCAAAGAAAUCACCUGUACUCAACAAAUGCCUAUUGCAGCGCAAUCAAACUGUUCGGUCACACAAUUCACGGAAUUCCAGUAUAUCAUCACGUAAUUCGUCACGGCAUGGACGCAUCAUUAGGCUGGAACAGAAAGCAACAAAAGUUCUGGGAGUGGUAUUCUUUACUUUUGUCAUUUUGUGGUCUCCGUUUUUCGUCCUUAAUCUGUUACCAACAGUGUGUGCCCAUUGUGAGGAAAAUAUUGCUCAUUGGGUAUUUGAAGUGGUGACAUGGUUGGGUUAUGCCAGCUCAAUGGUAAAUCCAAUAUUUUAUACAAUUUUUAAUAAGGUAUUUAGACAGGCAUUUAAGAAAGUCCUCCUUUGUAAAUAUAAUAAUGACUCAAGUUGGAGGCCUCGCAGAUAGCGCGUCCAAUUAAGGAUAAUAUGUAUCUGCUUAUUACAAGUUUGAACAUAAAAGGUUGAAGAAAAUGAAAGAUUUUGCAAAUAAACUUACUUUUGUGAAUAAGAUGUAAAGCCAUGUAUGUAUGUGUAUCUAAAUGAUUUUAUUCUCUGUAACUGAAUGUGUAUGUACAUAAUAUAUUGAUUGGUGUAAAUAAAGAAUGUAGUG